ACGACCCUUCGAGUCGUUCGACGACGCGUGCGAAACGUUUACGCCGUGCCCUAAAUCCUAAUAUUUUCCACAUUUUAAUUUUUUUUCUCAUUAUAUAUUAUAUAUAUAUCUCUCGAAUUCUCGACUAAAUCCCCAAACCGUAACCCUAGCCCCUUUCGAUCUCCGUUUCCACCAAUUCCUCCGCUGGGUUUCGGUGAUUUGGGGCGAAAUCGAUCUCGAUCGCAUGGAAGCGGCCGCGGCUCUUCGAUCCCCAUUGUACCUAUCUCAAACCCCUAAUUUGGGGGCGAGAUCGCGUUUUCUCGCUUCGCCAAGGCCCAGUUCGCUCUCUUUCGAUCCCAAGUCCCGAUUCGCAAUUGGAUUCCUCAAGAGUCAAUUUGGUUCUAGGAGGAGCAUUAGGGUUAGGGCAUCGUCGGCUACCUCGUCAGGGUCUUCUUCUUCUUCUCCUAUAGCCCCUCUUCAAUUGGAGUCCCCGGUUGGGCAAUUCCUCUCCCAGAUCCUCAUUAGCCACCCCCACCUCCUCUUUGCGGCCGUGGAGCAGCAGCUGGAUCAGCUCCAAACUGACCGAGAGGCCGAGAAGAAAAAGGAGGAGCCGACCCCUUCCGGCAGCGAACUCGUUUUGUACAGGAGAAUCUCGGAGGUGAGAGCCAAGGAGAGGAGAAGGGCUUUGGAAGAGAUUCUUUAUGCAUUAGUAGUUCAAAAGUUUGUGGCGGCUGAUAUCUCGUUAGUCCCUGCCCUUUCCCAAUCAACCAAGCGUUCUCAAAGUGCCGAUCAAUGGCCUUUAGAGGAGGAAGAGAAGCUCGAGCAACUCCAUUCCCUCGAAUCGUACGAAAUGAUCAAGAACCAUUUAUCUCUAAUCUUAGGGCAACGGUUGGCCGACUCUAAUUCUGUCGCGCCAAUCAGCAAGCUUAGGGUCGGGCAAGUCUAUGCUGCUUCUGUGAUGUACGGCUAUUUCCUGAAAAGAGUCGACCAAAGGUUUCAGCUUGAGAAAUCGAUGAAGAACCUUCCAUGGGGAACAGACGAAGAGGAGAGCGCCAUUAAACGAGCUAUACGGGAUGAGUCCCGACCUGGGGGGCCGACCCCUUCUUGGUCCGGUGGGCCUGGCCAAGCAGGGAAAUCCAGCUUGUUGAGGUCUUACGUCAUGUCCUUCGAUCACGAGACUCUGCAGAGGUACGCAACGAUAAGGUCGAAGGAAUCCUUUAGCAUCAUUGAGAAGCAUACUGAGGCGCUAUUUGGGCGGCCCGAAAUCGUAAUCACGCCUCAAGGGACUAUCGAUACUUCUAAGGACGAGCUUAUUAAGGUAAGCUUUGCAGGGUUGAGAAGGCUGAUUUUGGAGGCUGUGACUUUCGGGUCAUUCCUCUGGGACGUGGAGAGCUACGUUGAUUCCAGGUACCGUUUUGUUACAAAUUAGCUGAGGUCAGAGAUCAGAUUUUGAGCAGCUGAGUAAUGGUUAUGUUGGUUUGAAGGUUUUCCGUCAUCUUUAAUUCAAGUUGCAAGGUAUAAAGGUUGUCUUCAGUGAUUGUUGACUGUUUCCCUUUGUACAUGUUGGUGAGGCUCUUUAAUGUUGUACAUAGCGAUUCUCUUAGUUUGACUGCUAGGACUCUCGCAGUUGCUAUUAAUCUCCGAGACAUUUCUUCUUUCAAUGUAAGUUGCAUUUUACAUUGUAAAUUUUGUUAUGCUGUUUAAUGCGCACUCUAGUAUCUCCACUUUGUAGGAGCUUCUUCAUAUCCCGACAAGAUUGACAGGUGUUUGUGCUUGAAAUCUGCAGUUCAUUAUUGCUUA